AAGCGGAUCGGUGUCGCUUGCAGUAUUUCAAAGGCUCUCAUAUGCAAUCCCUCUUGACAGUGUAAUUGGCGAGCAGGUGAACUGAACAACAUACUGUACCUUCAAAAUGGGUGUCUCCGCCAUCAGCGACCUGGAGACUGUCCACAAGCUCGAAUACUUCGUCAGCGACCUCAACACCUCCUCCGUCACCCUCUUCCCCUCCAGGGCGCAGGUCCACCGAGAACUCAAGGGCGUCCAACUCAAGCGAGGCACAAACGAAGUCACCAUCGUCGGCCUCAGCCAGACCGUCGACCCCGACUCAUUCAAAGUCGAGAGCAACGGCACCGCGACAAUCACCAACCUCGAAGUCGAAUCCGUGCCCAACCGCCAGCGCUUCAGUGAAGUCUACCCCGAGUCUGAAUUCGAAUCCGAUUCGGAGCCGGAUGAUGACGACGACGACGAAUCAUCCGGCGACGAGGCCAGGGCAGAGGACCGGGAGCUGACGUCGGCUCGGGAGGAGCUCCAGGAGCUUACGGAUGCGCUGGCGAGGGCCACUGACGACGCGGGCAAUGCGCAGAAGCGGCUGGACAUGCUGCAGGAAGUGGGCAGGCUCAGCGAGCGGAAGAACGACGACCUCAUCCAGGCCAUCCUCGAGCAGUACAAGCACGAGCGCUCAAAGGCCUUUGCGGAUCUGGUUGCAAGCAACACCAUACAGAGGGAGCGCAGCAAGGACGUGGAAAAGGCCGAAAAGAGGGUCAACAAGCUACAGCGUGCACACGACAAGCGCAGUGCAAAGGAAAAGAAGGAGAAAGCACGAGCCAGGAAGGAAAAGGAAAAGAAAAAGGCCCUCAAGGACAGGCUCAAGGCCGAGGCCAGGAGAGAGCGCCAGCGCCUGCGCGACGAGCAGCAGGAGUUUUGGCCGUUCAACGUCUACAGCGUGCGCAUCACCCUCGAGGUCGCCAUCAUGACGCCCAUGACCUCGCGCCGCGGUUCCAUGUCCAGCGACGCCGACAUUGUCCAGAUCCCAUCGGCGCCUUCAGCAGCCGAAGGAGGCGGCGAUGAAGCUGACGACGCCGGUCCGGUCGAGUGCAACCUCGCCUUCUCGUAUGUCACGGCGUCGGCGUACUGGACGCCGAGCUACGACCUCCAGCUGUCGACGACGAAUGCCUCCGCGUCGCUCUACUUUGACGCCAUGCUCACCAACAAGACGAGCGAGUCGUGGAAGAGCUGCAAGGUGACGCUGUCGACGUCGCAGGCGACCUUCUCCGGCUUGUACGACACCAUCCCCAAGCUGAACCCCUGGCGCAUCAAGCUGGCGUCCAGGGGCCAGCUCCAUUACACCAACGGUGACAUCACGCGCAGCGCCGAGGAGAUGUCGUAUGCGAUGAUCAGUACCCAGCAGCAGCAGCAGGCGCCGAUGUUGCUGCAGCAGCAAAGCUUCAACCGAAAGCUGAAGAGGGUGUCUGCCCCCCCUCUUCCUCCUCCUCCUGCUGCUCCGAUGGCUGCACCACAGUCGGGCGGUCUCUUUGGCCCAUCUGCCCAGGCUUUGCAGCAGCAGGCUCAGCAGCAAGCUUUACUGCAGCAACAGCAAGCUCUACAGCAGCAACAGCAACAGCAACAGCAACAGCAGCAGCAGGGACAACAGCAAUCGCAAAACGUUCUCAACGACUUCGACUUCGACUCCUUCCUCCAAGAAGACGCCCAGCCCAACGACGGCUACGACGCCUCCUUGGUGGAAGAAACCGGCCUGACAACAACAUACGACCUGCCCGGCCUCAAGACGCUCGUGCCCAAGAACAACGGGUCCAAGCAGCGCGUCGCGCGCAUCGCCUUCUCCAACGUCGUCUUCAGCCACACCGUGGUGCCAAAGUACAAGCCCGUGGCGUACCUCAAGGCGAAGCUCAAGAACAACAGCAAGAUGGCGCUGCUCAAGGGCGGCGCCAGCCUGACGCUCGACGGGACCUUUAUGGGCAAGACGUCGCUCCCGCGAUGCAGCUCCGGCGAGUCGUUUAGCCUCAGCCUGGGCGUCGACCCGGCCAUCAAGGUGACGUACUCGAAGCCCGAGGUGCGCCGCACGACGGCGGGCCUGUUUGGGAACCAGGACAGCUCCGUGUACGUCCGGACGAUGACGCUGCACAACACGAGGGCCGUCGGGGGAAGGCCCGUGAGCCUGUUGGUGCUGGACCAGGUGCCUGUUUCCGAGGACGAGAAGCUGCGCGUGGAGCUGUCGUACCCGAGGGGCCUGGCGGUGGACGGCGCGGGUGUGCCGACGGGCGAGGCUGGCAAGGAGGGCAAGGACGAGGGCUGGGGCAAGGCCGUGGCGAGGCUGAAGAAGGAAGGGCUGGUGAGCUGGGAUGUUACGCUGAAUGCGGGCAAGGCCGUCAAGUUGUCGCUCGAGUAUGUUGUUUCUUUGCCGAGCGGCGAGACGGCGCAUCAGGUUUGAUUGGGUAUCUGUGGGAUUUUGGUUGGGGUUUUGACGGGCUUUGGUGGUUGUCUAAGUGAGGUUAUCUCUCGUGGGGAGACAUACAUGUAACUGGGGUAGACCAAUAUCAUGGAUGAAUAGGGACGUCAUUUAAGCCUGGAAGCAUAGGUAUCAAUGGAUAAUAACAGGACGUCUUCUG